AUGGCUGACUGUCCCUUCUUUUCACAGCCUCUACCAACGACACGUCUGCGACAGAUCGCUUCCGAAGCCUGUUCUACCGCACUAGGCCCCGCUACACUCUACGACCACAGCCAGACGGCGACAUGGAACAACACCAUCAUCAAUUCGGUUCUGAAACAGUUGAUCAGUGAGGCAGCGACUGCGGCAGAAGACGGAGCCCCUCAAUACAAGUGGAUUGUCAACACUACCAUCAUCCAGCAUCUCUCCGAUCCUCGUAUCGGCGGCACCGCCGAAGAUGCUCCAAAGUCGAAAGUUGGUCGCCGGGGCAUGCACAGCGCCAGCGGAGCGUUCUGGAACAACGAGCGCGACGGAAUGUGGAGCUACAAGCACGAGGCAGCCGGCGGUGGCGAGGAGAAGCGCGGUAUGGAUGUGGUGGUCAGCAUUAUGUGGGUGGCUGUCUGA